AUGAGCGACAAUACACAGCAAAGAAUUGACCCCAGAUUUGGGCAGCAGAGAGUGUUUGCUCUGGAUGACCCCUCGGUUGAUCCAGCGGUUGUGGCAUAUUUGGGCCGUGUGAGGCAGGAGGCCUUAACGACUAACGCUAUCUCGCGAGCAAGUCUCGAGCAGAAUAGCGGUCCUAAACAUACUCAUCAAGCGAGCAUGUAUGAUGAUGUCUCCGAAGAGUUACCUGUGGCGAAGAAACAGAGGACGGAAGUUCCUUCACUUAUCAAACAAGCUCAGAAGCAUUAUGUGGAAUGGAAUCGGUGGCUCGACAAAUUACAGGUUGAGUUGGAAUCAAAGGGGAGUCAAAUAGAAGAAUACACAGAUGAGCAGAUGAAUGCUCUGCUGUCACACCUGAAACGGUAUAUUGAGGGGAAACCCGAGAAGAAAGGUAUACACACCCAUCUUCUAAACCUACUCAGGGAGCAUCAUCCCACCAGCAAUAGCGGCAAACUACCGGAUGGGAUGGACGAAGAAUGGUCGGAAAAUCUUAUUAUAAAGUUAGGUCGGUCGCGUAUCCCAACGUUAGAUAUUCUCAAGACGCAUAUUAUGAGCGAUUUUAGUAGUUUGGAACCUCGUGGAUACAAAGCGUGGGCGAAAUUUGUGAAGGAAAACGAACCAUCGCGAAGUAUGUUUCACACUAUGAUACACCCUGGGAACAUCUGGCUUCUGGUCAAAUACAUGAGCGAGCGUUGGAUUGACGAUCUUAUCUCGAAAGCAAACCUCACUGCCAAGCUCAGCUAUUGGCUCCUCUACACAUUACUGUACCUGCCAACAAAAGUGACGGCGACCAACACGAGUACGCUACGUGACUUGGGGAAGAAGUGCCGUGAUUUGAUAGUAAACGAUGCGAGAACAGUGGAUACAGUCAUUGCGCACGGGUCUGCCGAGAUGGUCCAAUUUGAAGCUACCCGUUUCCCAGCGGACUUGUCUGUGAUCCAGCUUGCACUGGCAAGAAUAGCCACUACAUAUGGCCAACAAGAUCUAUUCGAAUUGUCCUGA